UUCUCUCUCUCUGUCUGUCUGUCUGUCUGUCUGUCUGUCUGUCUGUCUGUCUCUCUCUGUCUCUCCCCACAUCGUCCUCUUUCAGUUUCCUCUUGGAUUCUCAGUAGCAGCCAGUGUGAGGGUGGGCAGCGCUCUGGGUGCAGGGAACACAGAACAGGCCAAGCUGUCUGGGAAGGUUGCCUCCAUCUGUGCAUUCAUCAUCUCGUGUUUUGUCAGUACGUUUGUCUUCGUGACUAAAGACGUGAUAGGGUACAUCUUUACCACAGAACAGGACAUUGUGAAGAGGGUGGCUGACAUCAUGAUCCUGUAUGGCUUCUUCCAUCUGGCAGACACCUUCGUGGGCGUAAUGGGCGGUGUCGUGCGUGGAGCAGGAAAGCAGAAGAUCGGAGCGUUGAGUAAUCUGGUGGGCUACUACUUCAUUGGCUUCCCCAUCGGAGUCUCCCUCAUGUUCCCUAACAAGAUGGGCAUCAUAGGUUUGUGGAUAGGCCUGUUCACCUGUGUGUUAAUCCAGUCCUUGUUCUUGGUAGUUCUGCUGUGUAAACUGGACUGGAAAAAAGCCAGUCAAGAGGCUCUGGUGAGGGCAGGAGUCCAGCUCCCUGAAAGGAAAGAAGAGCAGUUUGGACUGGAGAAGAGAGGCUGGUCGGAGGCGGUCCCACCCAGCGACGAGAGCCCUGGGGAGGGGAAGACGGACGUGGAGGGGCUGGGUGGGGACAGGGGGGAAGGCGGGGGGGAGUUAGAGGCUGAGGCGGGGCCGGUGGUCAGUACGGUGAGGUUGACUGUCAGACAGCUGGUGCUUCGUCGUGGGCUAGUUGUCAUCCUCAUGUUCCUCAUCCUCACCGCUGGAAUCAUCCUCAGUGAACUGCUCACCAGCCUGCUGCUCGGAUAGACUGAGCCAAAGAGAUUACAGGAGGUUACCCACAGUACAGGAGGUUACUACAGCCACAUAUACAGUACAGGAGGUUACCACAGCCACAUAUACAGUACAGGAGGUUACUACAGCCACAUAUACAAUACAGGAGGUUACCACAGCCACAUAUACAGUACAGGAGGUUACCCACAGCCACAUAUACAGUACAGGAGGUUCCUACAGCCACAUAUACAGUACAGGAGGUUACCACAGCCACAUAUACAGUACAGGAGGUUACUACAGCCACAUAUACAAUACAGGAGGUUACCACAGCCACAUAUACAGUACAGGAGGUUACCACAGCCACAUAUACAGUAGAGGAGGUUACCCACAGCCACAUAUACAGUACAGGAGGUUACCCAUAGCCACAUAUACAGUACAGGAGAUUACCACAGCCACAUAUACAGUACAGGAGGUUACCCACAGCCACAUAUACAGUAGAGGAGGUUACUACACCCACAUAUACAGUACAGGAGGUUACCCACAGCCACAUAUACAGUACAGGAGGUUACCCACAGCCACAUAUACAGUACAGGAGGUUCCUACAGCCACAUAUACAGUAGAGGAGGUUACCACAGCCACAUAUACAGUACAGGAGGUUACCACAGCCACAUAUACAGUACAGGAGGUUACUACAGCCACAUAUACAAUACAGGAGGUUACCACAGCCACAUAUACAGUACAGGAGGUUACCCACAGCCACAUAUACAGUACAGGAGGUUCCUACAGCCACAUAUACUGUACAGGAGGUUACUCACAACCACAUAUACAGGAGGUUACAGUCAACCACAUAUACAGUACAGGAGGUUACAGUCAACCACAUGUACAUGAGCCAUAUGUCAUUAAACCAAAGAUGGUACUCACACAGCCAUACAGGAGUUACUGUAUGACCCAAAGGGUUCACUGCUGUGGACAUUUAAUCAUGGACAAUAGAAGGGAAUGAUCACUAACCCAGAAGGCAACAUUUGGCACAUUAUGUCGUCUUAAUAAUGUAAUUUACUGGUUAUUAACUGGAUAAGAAUGUGUAUAGCCAGAUGACAACCCUGGUGUCUGUUACCAUAUAGACAUAUCUUGACAAGAUCAGGAUGGGAAGGAAACUUCCUACAACCGGUAUACAACCUGACCAGUUUUGCCCACUGGGAACAGGUUCAGGGUUGUUCAUCCCUUGAAGGUUAUUAACACUGUUAGCAUUGCAGGGCAUGUCGGAAUGGCUUCCACUGACUCGAGAAGGUCGUGGAAACAAUGCUCUUCAUUAGAUAAGGAGAUAUGUGUUCGGUAACAAAGCUCUUUUUUAAGGAGAUUUUUUUCUAGUGGCUACUAAUAACAACAAGUCUGUUGUGUUUUGAAGUGGAGCUGGUUCCCUAUUCUGCUUUUCACGUUCUGUCAUCAUUAAAUUAAAUCUGCAUAAA